AUGGAUAGACAGGUGGAACCGGCCGGCGGGGAUCUGGCGCGCUCGCCCAAACGCCAGAACUCUAGCCUCUACGACCGGGUGCGGAGCAAGCUGUGCCGCUCGCUCAGCAGCGGCUCGACGCUCGAAGCCGACUUCCAGUACCUGCCGGGCCAGGCGACCGCCGAGCCGCAGGCCGGAUGCUGCACGCACUGCACCCUUGUGAACGCGGCGGCGUCGCGCUGCUGCGCCGCCUGUCACUCGCGGCCGCCGAGCACCGCGCCCGCCGCCGUCGCCGCCGGCUGGGACUGCCCUGCCUGCACGUACGGAAACGCGCCCGGUGAUGCGCGUUGCGGCGUUUGCGGCGCGCCACGCGCCGGCCCAGCCUCACCGGAGCCGACCGAGCCGGCGGCGGCGCGGCGCGAGAGCGAGCUCGAGUCAGACCUACGUGCCUGGGAGGAGCAGGGCGCCCGCCAGACGUGGAAACACAUCGUCGAGUUCUGCAAACAGGACGGCGAGCCAUUCGUGGACGACUCGUUCCCGCCAGCUGUACGCAGUCUGUACUACGCUGGCUCCGAGGGCGGCGAGCGGCCAGACGCCGCUGACCUGACCCACAUCGGCCGCUGGCACCGGCUGACCCACUUCACCGACCGCUGGUGA